AUGGUGUCGCGCGCUCUCAACCUCAUCCUGCGCGGCUUGCAGUUCUUCUUCAUGCUCGUCGUCCUGGCUCUGAUCGCCGCCAUGAUUGCACAGGCUACGAACGGCAACCCGGCCACGGUCAACUACAACAUAUUUGUCGCAGUGUUUGCCAUGCUGUCACUGUUCUACUUGGUGGCUGUCGCUUUCAACGACAGCUUCACGGGCCAUCCGAUUAUUCCCAUCGCCCUCGAUGCUCUGAACACGCUCUUCAUCUUCGCUGGAGCGACUGCCCUGGCCGCUGGCCUGGGCGUGCACUCUUGCAGCAACAGGUCAUACACCCGCUCCAAUCACAUCACCAAUGGUGCCAACAACACGGGCAAUCGGUGUCGCGAAGCUCAAGCUGCAACAGCUUUCCUGUACUUCGCGUUCGCCUGCUUCGCUGUAACGACCUUCUUCAGCUUCCUCGGCGGCCGCUCAUCUGGUGUCAACAUGCGUGCUCCCGGCAUUAGGAAAGGUGGGCCUACCAUGUCCCAGGUUUAA